UCUCAGUCAGGGACUAAAGCAGUUGGGACUCUGUCCUGACUUGGGGUUUAUGAAAAGCGCGCCGCUUCUUCAACUCAAUCUCUCUCCCUCUUUUUUCUCCCUUUGUCUGAAUCUCUCAUAACAAUUCUGUCCAUUUUUAAAAUCUUUCUUUACUAAGAAACUCUAUUCUUUCCCAUCAACACUCCAAAUUUUCAAUAUUGAUUUUUUUUCUCUUUCCAUAAGAACUUUUUCCUGUUCUUCGUUGAACUUUUAAAUUUCAAGAUACCCCUCCCUCCGGAUUUCGAUUCCCAUUUCUUUUUUAAUAUACGAUCCUAACAUCGAAAAAGGAAAAUCAAAGAAUAAAGAUUCGAUUCCCCAUUUUUUGAAAUAGUGACUGCAAGUACUCUUUUUAUUAGGGUUUGCAGAAAAGCUAUAGCUUUGUGGAUUUUGUAGUGGUUGUACGAUAACUAAUACAACAGUAGCACAAAAUUUUGAUAUAAUGAGAACGAGAGUGGUUGUGUUUCCAGUUAGAGGUAAAAAUUGGUGUUUUGCCACGUCUAUUCAGCCUUUGGCUUCCGAAUCAGAAUCUGCUACUACCCUAACUCCUUCUACAAUUAAAGAUCUCUUCAAAAAGCUUUCUUUUUCCACUCCCAAGCCCUUAGCCUCCAAUGCAGAACUCCUUGUCGAUUUUGUUGCUAACAAGAUGAAUAAAGCUUGGAUGGUUCUGGAGAAUGCGCCUCAAGGGACUUUAAAGAACAAGAUACAUGGAAUGGGGUUGCGUCUCUUAGCUGGGGUAAAGCCAUCUGAGAUGUUUUUGAAGUCUAUACCUAAAGAGGUCACAACUGUCGAAGUCACCUACCCUUCAAGUUUAAAUCAACGGCUUGUUCGCCGAAGGCUAAGACAUAUUGCCCAAAGGGGAACUAUUAUUCACAAGAAAUACUUUUAUGGCUCGGUAUCGCUGCUUCCAUUGACAAGUGCUUUCACUAUCUUACCACUACCUAACGUUCCAUUCUUCUGGGUUUUGUUCCGCACUUACUCUCAUUGGCGUGCACUCCAGGGAAGUGAACAGCUCCUUCAGUUAGUCUCAGAUAGAUCUCAGAUGUUGAGUAUCACCUCUGUUGAUGGAGAGGACAAGUCUAAUGAGCAUGCUACAAAAUGGUCACAUAACUCUCCAUGGGUGUUGCGGCCAUCAAAGGAACUUGAAGAACUUGUUCAACGUGAUUAUGGUGAUGAUAGGCUAAGUAAAUCUGCUAUUUCAAAUAUUUGCAUCAAGUUUGAUUUGAAUCCAAAUGAUGUUCUAAAGUACAGGGAUUCAAUGUAGUUUACUUUGUUGCCAUUUUAAAUGUUCAUUUUCUUUUUCCCUUUUUCAAUAAAGACUUGGUGUUCAAAAAAAAAAAAUAAAUAAAUAAAGACUUGUGGAUGAUUGUGAUAUGGUUAGUACGUAGUGGUUAGAUAAUAAGAAGGUAACUAAGGGUCAAAAGACCGAAGUUGGAGAUGGAGAAA